AGUGGGGCAAUGGGCACAGUGACAGAUGUUUCGUGUCACUAACCUAGGCGGCGGUUGGUUGGUGUUAUGAGGAAUUGUUUUAUUUCCACGAUGAUUUUCUUGGAUAUCAAGAUGAGUAAAUUACAGUAUUCUUCGGAAAGUAUGAAGUAAUAUUUUUACUAGAAAAUAUUUAAUUAUUAUGCACGUGUGAUUUUAAUGCUUUAUAAUGGGAGAUUGGACAUACAAUUCACAACCCCCUUACCCACACUCACAGGGUUGGCAUAAUUACCCACCGCCUGAACAUGCUCAUCCUGUUCCUCCCCCUCUUUCUGCUCCACCUCCCCCUGAUUAUUCACAAGCAGUCCCUUCUUAUGGAAAUAACUACUAUAAUAAUUACAACUAUAAUUAUAAUCCCAAUUAUCCCCCCCCUAAUUACCAAUACCCUAAUUCUUAUAAUUACCCCGGUUAUGGUUAUCCACCCUACAACCAAUAUGCUCCUCCGUCGUAUCCACCUCCCUACUAUCCUCCUCAAACUCCCCCGUAUUAUAACUGUCCUAAGCGAGAAGAUAGUAGUAACGGCGGCUAUAGAGAAGGUGGGACAUCGUACGAUUACUCAAAGGAAUUGGAAUCCUAUAAAAGUUUACAAAGUAAUAACGGCAAAACUUAUGAAAAAGACCACCAUAGCUCUGAACAGAAAAAGCACGAUUAUGGGGACUAUGACCGCAGAAAAUUUAGAGCACGUAGCAGACCUAGGUAUCGUCGAUCCCGUUCCCCAGUACGUAGAAGUUACAAGCCAAGUACCCGACCCUCCUAUACAAAUAACACCAAUCAAUCACCGAAAGAAAUCACGGAACGUGAUUUAAUUUUAACGAAGUGGAGGAAGAAUUAUUGCUCUACGGGCGAGGAGGUAUGCGAUAAGAUUAGGGAAUUAUCAAAAAUUGGUGUAGACGAAAUAAUGGAGGCGGAAAUGAAUAUUUGGACUCGGACAACUCCGGCAGAUUUGUAUUACGAAAAGGAUCCAAAUAAUUCUAAGAAUACGAUUGCAACUGAAAGGUUACUGAAGGUUUGCGAAUCGUUUAAAGAAAAUUUAAUGUUGAGAGCUAAGAAAAUUAAUGAGAUUAAGCCAAAGUAUGAACCUCCACCAAGGAAAAAUAGGGCUCGUCUUUGUAAACACAAAUUGGAAGAGGCUAGUAGUUCAGACAGUUCAGAGGAGGAACUGACUGAUGAAGAGGAUUGUAGUAUGGAGGAAUUAACUCGUAAGCAACAGCAUCCAGACAGAUUACAUCCAGAAAUGUGGUAUAAUGAUCCAGGUGAAAUGAACGAUGGCCCACUGUGCAGAUGUUCGAAGAGGUCUAGCAAGUGUGGAAUCAGGCAUGGUAUCUACGCAGGAGAAAGAUUUCUUAAAACUUGCCAUAAAUUAUCCAAUAACUCCGAUAAAUUGUAUCAUUAUCGAAUCACCAUAUCGCCACCAACAAACUUCCUCAUAAAAACUCCCACAAUCAUUCCAUAUGACGAGCACGAGUUUAUAUUCGAAGGAUUUUCAAUGUUCUCGCAUAUUCCAUUAAUAAAGCUGCCCACGUGUAAAGUUAUUAGGUUCAAUAUUGAGUAUUCCAUUCUUUAUAUCGAAGAAAAGAUCCCGGAAAAUUUUGUCAUAUUAGAACUGGAUUUAUUCUACGACUAUUUGUUUAAAGAAAUUUUAGAAUUGGUUGAUUUAGAUUUUAAAGCGGCAGGAGAUGAGCAAGGCUGUUCCCAAUUUCAUUUUAUGCCAAGAUUUGUUAGAAAGUUGCCAGAUAAUGGAAAAGAAAUUUUAUCUAUGAAAGAAGUGUUACAGUACUUCCUGGAUAACGCGAUUCCUUUAAUUGAUGAGAAUCAUUUAGAAGAUAUGGUUAACAUGAGUCAGUACGAAUGGCAAGCGUAUGCGGAUGAAAUUAAGGGAAUGGUUGUGACUUACCCAGGCAAAAAGCCAUGUUCUGUAAGAGUAGAUCAGCUAGAUCGGAACAGUGACCUUCAAACUCCGGGCAAUUAUAAAUUUCCCGAAAUAGUCCAUUUUGGAAUACGUCCGCCACAAUUAAGUUACGCUGGGAAUCCCGAUUACCAAAAGGCAUGGAGAGAUUAUGUGAAAUUUAGACAUCUUUUGGCCAACAUGUCGAAGCCAACAUUUGAAGAUAAGCGCAAGUUAGAAGCUAAAGAAAACAAAUUGCAAGAGAUGAGAACACAAUCGAAAAUGAAGCGAGAUGUUACGGUUGCAGUUUCAUCUAAAGGGUUUUAUCGUACUGGCAUUAUGUGUGAUAUUGUUCAGCAUGCUAUGUUGAUUCCGGUUUUGGUGUGCCAUUUAAGGUUUCAUAACUCAUUAAACGUUCUAGAGGAAACCAUAGAGUACAAAUUUCAAAAUAGAGCCAUUCUCCAAUUGGCUCUUACUCAUCCGUCGUAUAGGGAAAACUUUGGUACCAAUCCAGAUCAUGCGCGUAACAGUUUAACCAAUUGUGGAAUAAGACAACCGGAAUAUGGAGACAGACGUAUACACUACAUGAAUACCAGGAAAAGAGGGAUUAAUACUCUUAUAAAUAUUAUGUCUCGGUUUGGCAAGAAACAAGAAACUGAAUCUAAUAUCACUCAUAAUGAAAGGUUAGAAUUUCUGGGCGAUGCCGUUGUAGAGUUCCUAUCUUCAAUACACUUGUUUUAUUCCUUUCCUGAUCUGGAGGAGGGUGGUUUGGCGACGUACAGAGCCGCAAUUGUUCAAAAUCAACAUCUGGCAGUACUGGCACGUGCUUUAAACUUGGAUCAAUACAUGCUGUAUGCUCACGGCUCAGACCUAUGUCACGAUUUGGAACUGAGACACGCUAUGGCCAAUUGUUUUGAAGCUCUGAUGGGUGCACUAUUUUUAGAUGGUGGUAUUGAGGUAGCCGAUAAGGUAUUUAGCAAUACUCUUUUCAAAUCUGAUCCAGAUUUAUUUGACGUUUGGAUGAAGUUGCCACGGCAUCCCUUACAGGAGCAGGAACCAAGGGGAGAUCGGGAAUGGAUCUCAAAAUUUCAACUUCUUAGGAAACUAACAAAGUUUGAAGAUUCUAUUGGAGUGGAAUUUAAUCAUAUACGCUUAUUGGCAAGGGCGUUUACGGAUCGAAGCGUCGGCUAUACAAAUUUGACACUCGGUUCGAAUCAACGUUUAGAAUUUCUCGGGGACACCGUUUUACAACUUAUAGCUUCCGAUUAUUUAUAUAAGUACUUUCCUGAGCAUCACGAGGGUCAUUUGUCACUUCUGAGAAGUUCUUUGGUGAACAAUCGCACCCAAGCAGUUGUCUGCGACGAUCUGGGUAUGUCCGCCUACGCCGUCUACAAUAACCCCAAAGCUGAACUCAAAACAAAAGACAGAGCCGAUUUACUUGAAGCAUUUAUUGGAGCACUUUAUGUCGAUCAAGGUAUGGAACAUUGCGAGGUAUUCUGUCAGGUUACCCUGUUUCCACGAUUGCAAGACUUUAUCAUGAAUCAAGAUUGGAACGAUCCCAAAUCUAAAUUGCAACAGUGUUGUCUUACCCUUCGAACUAUGGAUGGUGGGGAACCUGAUAUUCCCGUGUAUAAAGUUAUCGAAUGUAAGGGUCCGACAAAUACGCGCGUAUAUACAGUUGCGGUUUAUUUUCGAAACAAACGCCUCGCAAGCGCUAUGGGUCACAGUAUUCAACAGGCAGAAAUGAAUGCUGCCAAAAAAGCGUUAGAAAUUUCACAUGAUUUAUUCCCACAAUUAGACCACCAGAAGCGGGUGAUAGCAAAAAGUAUGAAAAAGCAAAAGAAACAUCCAAGAUACGCCAGACGUCGGCUGACUGAGCGGUCUAGGUCAAGAAGUCGAUCUAGACACAGAAGGAGAUCGCGGUCGAGGCACAGAUCAAGAUCUACAUCUCCAAAGAGAGCAAUAUCAAGAAAUGGUAAACGAUCUAGGUCAGCAAGUCGAUCUAGACUACCCGUCAGGUCGCCAUUGAUAAGCAACAAGAGAGUUCGAUCAAGGUCUCAGUCAUCAACUAAAACAAAUCUUAGACCUAAAACUAAAAGUCGAUCUAAGUCCCAAAAUAAAUCUUUGUCAAGAUCUAAGAGUAGAUCACUAUCAAGGUUUAAAAGUAGAUCACUGUCAAGAUCUAAAAGUAGAUCACCCUUAAGCUCUAAAAGUAGAUCGCUGUCGAAGUCUAAAAGUAAAUCACCCUCUGGGUUUAGAAGUAGAUCACCGUCGAGGUCUAAAAGUAGAUCACUUUCAAGAUCUAAAAGCAGAUCACUAUCAAGGUCUAAAAGCACAUCAUCAUCAAGAUCAAAAAGUAGCUAUCAAUCAAAACUUAAAAAUGGAAUUCGAUCCAGUAGAUCUCGAUCUAAUAGUUCUAAACCUAAAUCGCGGAGUCUAUCAUGUUCUAGUACCGAUUCUCGUUAUACUACAAAGGCUGUUGGUAGUGAAUUAGCAAAUCAUAUUUGAAAUAACUUGACGUCAAUGUUUUUCAUUUACUAGUUAAGUAGAUUAUAUGGCACUUUCAAUUUCUGUGUUGUGGCAUGUAUUAUCCUUGCCAUGCCACUAAUGAUUCACUCAGCAUUAUUAUUGUGAUUUUAAUUGGGAUAUUAACAACUUUUGUGGACAAAGAAAGUAUGUAGUUAUAAUAAUUUUAUUUUAAUUUUAACAGUGUAUAACAAGGAGUUAAUUUAAGUUGUUCUGUGUUCAGACAUUUCACCUCUUUGUUAGGUUUUUCAAAAUAAUUACAUACAUUCAUUAUAGAAAAAACAUAUUUUUGCAAUUUUGGCAAUUGCUAAUGUGGGUUUAUCUCUUUAAGCUACACAUUUAUAUUGAUAGUUUGUGCUCUAUUUUAUAUAAUUUAGUUUUUAGCUAGAAAUGUCUUAGGCGACUUGAUCCUCACAUUUAUUGUUUGGGAGAAAACCGAUUUGGCAUAUUGCGUAAUUAUUGAUCUUGAUGCCUUUAUACGUUUUAUCAAGUCUUUUGACUAUUGUUGCUAUUUGGGAAAUGAACGAAAAACAUAUUUUCUAGAUGGUAAUGAUUAUAAUUGUAAUUGAUGAUUUUCAUGCCUCUACAGUUAAUGUGACUUUUACUGUUUUGGUUCUGCGAUUGAUCGACGAAGAUCGAUGUAGAUGCUUUCACCUCUAAUAUUUGUACUAAUCCUUCGAUUUUGCAGAUUUGUAUAAUGUGUCCUAAUCUUUGGAUAAAGAAUGAACCAUAAUGAUGGAUGAGUACAAGCAUCAGCAACUUUUUUUUGUUAUAUUUUAUUUGCGUUUUUUACUUGCUCUUCAUUUUAUUCACUGUGAUCUUCUAAAAUUUAAUUGAAAGUUCCUUCUUAGCAUUGAUGACAUUUCAUUGAAUUCAUAUUCAGAUGGCAGUACACGGACAUAGGAUAACAGCGUUGCCAGUCCUACUGUCAUUGUAAACUAAUUGCUUGCAUUUACAAUUUAACACUUCACCGUUUUUCAAUUUUACUACACGUGUGGCCAUUUUGCCAUUGAUAUGACACAAACGGUUGCGAUCAACUGAUUGACUUAUAUAGAGCGCAUUGUGAUAUCGUGAUAUGAGUACAUUAUUGAAUUCAAAAAUGAACAUUUUAUUAUUUUUUAUUAAACUUUGUUUGAUAGUUCUUGUUAUACAAAUUUCCACAUGACACAUCUGAUGCACCAAUUUACACUAGAAUAAAAGAGUUUUCAGACUAAAACACUGGAAGGUUUUGUUUUCUGAAUCUCCUUUAUUUUGCCAUAUGCCAUUUAAUAACUUUGUAAGAUAAUGUUGGCAAGAGCCCUUGUUGUUAUGCGCGAAAUAUCUCCAAAAACUAGCAUAUAAUAUUCCAAUGCAACUGAAACUGUAAGUACCUACAAUAUUUUACUUUCAAUUAUACACUGGAAAACAUUUUUAGCUGUGAUAGGUAUGGGAUUCCUCUCGUUGAUUUUGACAAUUUAGCAGCUUGAUUCUCUUCACUGAUUUUUAAUUUUUGUCAGCGUUUUAAUUAAGAAUAGAUUUAAUCAACCAAUCAGGUUGUACGUGUAAUAAUUAAGCAUAUUAUUUACCUCUGUGUUUCAAUUAACCGCAAUGGAAAGAUACCUACUAGUAUAAUUUUGAGAUUGGAACUGUUUUAUUUUUUAAUUGCUCAGCUAUCGGCUGACGGACGUGCCAUCUUCCAAGCCAGAAGUCCAUCGUUAUAGAAAAUAGUCUGUAUUGUUGGAUUUCUACUAUUUACUGCUCUAUACCACUGCUAGUCUAGUUUUAAGUUACUUAUUAUUGUAUAGAAUCUGUUACCAAAGUUGCAAAAAUAUUUACUGAUACGUUUUUAUGCCAUCUUCUCUUGUUACGAAUGUUUCUAAUUCUGUUAGUAUCUAUACCUUAUGCACCUUUCUAUAAUUGAGUUCAAACUAAGUUGAGUAUGAAUCCUAUGCAAGUAAUUGGAUUACACAAAGUGAAAAUGUUGUUAUUUAUUAGUUUUAAGUACUUUGUCAUAAUAGUGUUAUAAUAAUAGUUAAGAGGCUUAUAUGUAAUGGGUCAUACUCAAGUCAAUUUAGUUCCAAGUUGUUACUAGUAGCUAUAAUGUUAAUUGUAUUUUAAAGCACAAUAAUUAAUUUACGUAGAUGAUGUACUUGGAUAUUCUAGACCGUUUGUAGAUGGUUUAAAUAACUUAGGAAUAUUCAGACGAUAAUUGUAAACAUUUUUUAACUUUUUGUGUGAGCAACAAUGCAAAUUCUAAUGUUACUAUGUAAGGCAGCUUUAAUAAAGGUUUAACUACCCUGUUUUAAGUA